CUACAUUGCACAUUGUAUCACCUGUGAUACAACUAAAACAUAUAGUGAUUACUGCUAUUUAUCAACAGUUAAUAUGUUGGUAGUUGUCUUGUUAUCUUUGUUAUAUAUUUCUAGAGAUUAUGUUAUCUAUACUUCUUAACCGCCAAAUUGAAUGAUACCACGAUUUUUGAUAAAAUUAAUCAGUGAUAAAAAAUCUAGAAUAGUGAUUUUUAAAAAUCAUAUAUUUUUGGUUUACAAUGUUAUUGAAUGCUUAAAAAAUAUUUAUAAAUUGUGUAUAACAUCUGUAUUUAACGUUUUUGUUGUUGAAACCCAAAUUAGUAGUAAGUAUACAGUUAUUUUCGGAUGUUUUUAAAUGUAUCACCUGUGAUACACUGUGCAGUAAUGACAUACUUGGACUUACAUAUUUACCUAUAUUUUUAUAAUUGUAUUAUUUAUAUUUUACAAUAUUAUUUUAUUUAGAAAUGAGAGUAUUAAAAAAAGGCUUAACUGAUGAGGAAUUAGUUGAACUGUUAGAUUGGAAUAUUAGUGAUGAUGACCAAGAUGGGUCUGAUAUAGAAGAUUUAGAUGACUUAAAUGAUAUUGUUGAAUUGUUUGAUAAUGAUGAAAUUCCUUUAAUAAUAAAUAAUGACAAUGAAGUUACAAAUGACUUAGAUAUUCUCAAUUUACCAGUAGAUUUUGGUGAAACCCAGCUAGAUUUUACUGAAAGGUCAGAAAGUACUUAUAACUUACCUACUGAAAAUCAACCAAAUAAUGUAACCAUACAAAGUAGAUCUAAAGAUGAACAGAAACUUUUAAAAAAUAAAUUAUCAAAAUUAAAUUGGAAAGAACCAAAUUUCUGUCCUGAACCAUUUAAUUAUGUUACUUAUAUGAUAAGUAUAUUGUUUUUUUUAAGGAUGUUAUUUAUAUAAAAAGUUUAUUGUUUUAUUUUAAUUUGUAUUUGAUUGAAUAAAUUUCAUUUUUUUCAUUUAA